AUGGUUCAAGCAGACCAAUACACUGGCGGCGAGACAGGCACUUGGUCUGUCGACGAGCUCACCCACUCCCUUCCGCGUGAUUUCCUUGGCUACGGCCGGGAUGUCCCCGAGUUCAAGCUUCCUGGCGGUAAGAAGCUCGCCGUGAAUUUCGUCAUCAACUACGAGGAAGGCGGAGAGCACUCGCUUGCUCAUGGCGACUCGGAGGGAGAGGCUAUGCUGCAGGAGAUCGGGACCGGCAAGACUCCAUACGUCGGACAGAGAGAUACCCCUAUGGAGACCUCAUUCGAGUACGGGUCCCGGGUAGGCAUCUGGCGCCUGCUCAACCUCUUCGAAAAGCACUCGAUGAAGGUCACCAUGUACGCCGUCGGUCUCGCCCUCGAGCAGAACUUGGUCGCUACCAAGGCGAUGCUUACUGGUGGCCACGAGAUUGCCAGCCACUGCUGGAGCGAGAAGAUGUCCGCCGGCGAGGAAGAGUGGCACAUCCGCAAAGGUAUCGACUCGUACAUCGCCACCACCGGCAAGGCUCCCGUCGGAUGGUAUUACGGUCGUCCCUCUCCUCGGUCCCGUGCUCUCAUCGCCAAGAUCUAUGAGGAGAAGGGGCUCGAGCUCCUCUACGUCUCGGACGACUACUCGGACGAUCUGCCCCACUGGAGGCCGUCGCCCGCUAACGGCAAGGGAUUGCUUCACGUCCCGUACUCAUAUGCCAACAAUGAUUUCAAGUUCUUCAUCGCUCCUGGAUUCGGCAGCACCAAGGCGUACGAGGAGCACAUCAUGGGUGCGGUCGAGACGCUCCUUGACGAGGGCAAGGACGGAAAGCCCAAGAUGAUGACUAUCGCCCUCCACGCCCGCCUGAUCGGCCAGCCCGGUCGAUUCCAAGCCAUCAAGCACAUUGUCGAGUCUCUGUCCCAGAACCCCGACGUAUGGGUCGCUACCCGCGAAGAGAUUGCGAGACAGUGGGCGGGCCAGUACCCCGACCCCUACGCGGGCAAGACGAACGGUACCAAGUAA